CCUAUAUAUUCACAUUAAGCAUUUCAUGUUUCUUUAUUCUCACCAUUGCCACCGCGAUUUCAAGAAAGUCUUCCUUGUUCACACUUUUGCAAGAAAAUGAGCGGUUCAAGAACUACUACGACAGCUGAAACAGCAAAAUACAAAGGAGUUCGCCGGAGAAAGUGGGGGAAAUGGGUGUCGGAGAUAAGAGUUCCCGGAACACAAGGGCGGCUCUGGUUAGGUUCUUAUUCUUCCCCGGAGGCAGCUGCGGUGGCUCAUGAUAUAGCUUCUUAUUGUUUAAGAGGACACUCGUCCAUCGACAGUUUAAAUUUUCCUGAUUUAAUGUUGCCCGCGAGUGUAAGAGGGGACAUAUCCCCUACGUCUAUACAGAAAGCAGCUUCAGAUGCUGGCAUGGCGGUUGAUGCGCAGAUGAUAAUGAACAGAGUUGGGUCUUCUGAUAAUGAAGUCAAUGGAAAUGAAGGUAGUGGAAAUGGUGCAGUUCUUGGUUCGGAGACAGAGCAGCUCGAGUGGGGAGAUGUUGGUGGUGAUGGUGGUCGUGGGAAUUGGAGUGGCAGUGGAAGUCAGUCCGGAGACAGUGGAGACAGUUUAAACAUUUCUGUUGAAGAUUACUAUUUUUAGUUUCUUAUUAUCUAGAUUAAAAUGGUGAUCUCUUUAUACAUAUAGCCUUUCCAUGUGUAUAUACUAUUUAGCUGUAUAUAUCAAUAUGAUAUGAUUAUGUAUUUGAUUA